GGCCCGGCGGCUGCAGGCCCGGGCGGCUCGGCGGGGACGCGGGGCCGAGCUGCUGCACAUCUUCCACCUGCUGCCCGCCUUCCUGGUGAGGAUGAGCAGCGACGUCCUGGACACGGCGCUGAAGCUGCCGCACGUGAAGUACAUUGAGGAGGAUGCCUAUGUCUUUGCCCAGAGCAUUCCCUGGAAUCUGGGCAGGAUCGUGCGGCCACAGCCCAGCUCGGGCUCCUACAGCCCUCCCAAUAAAGGUGACCUGGCCGAGAUUUACCUGCUGGACAGCAGCGUGCAGAGCAGCCACCGGGAGAUCGAGGGCAGGGUGACUGUGACUGGCUUCGAGAGCAUCCCCGAGGAGGAUGGCACCCACUUCCACCGGCAGGCCGGCCAGUGUGACAGCCACGGGACACACGUGGCCGCGGUGCUGAGCGGGCGCGACGCCGGCGUGGCCAGGGGCGCCAACAUCCGCAGCCUCCGGGUGCUCAACUGCCAGGGCAAGGGCACCGUCAGCGGCACGCUCAUGGCCCUGGAGUCCAUCGGGAGGGCGCUGGGGGCUCGGCCGCGCGUGGUGCUGCUGCCGCUGGCCGGGGCGCUGAGCCCCGCGCUGAACGCGGGCUGCCGGCGGCUGGCACGGAGCGGGGCGGUCAUGGUGGCGGCUGCCGGCAACUACAGGGACGAUGCCUGCCUCUACUCGCCUGCGUCCGAGCCGGAGGUCAUCACGGUGGGUGCCAUCGACAGCCAGGACCAGCCUGCCUCCAUCGGCACCCUGGGCACCAACUUUGGCCGCUGCGUGGACCUGUUUGCCCCUGGGGACGACAUCGUCGGCGCCUCCAGCGAGUGCAGCACGUGUUUCACGGCGCGGAGCGGCACCUCGCAGGCGGCCGCGCAUGUGGCAGGCAUCGCGGCCGUGCUGCUCAGCGCCGAGCCCCGGCUGGGCCGGGCCGAGCUCCGCCAGCGCCUCCUGUGCUUCUCCAGCAAGGGCGGCCUGGACGCGGCCUGGAUCCCGCAGGAGCAGCGCCUGCAGACGCCCAACAGCGUGGCGGGGCUGCCCGCACGGCUGGCGGCAGAGGAGCAGCGGCUGCUCUGCCGCUCGGUGUGGUCGGCGAGCUCGGGGCUCUCCCGGCGCUCCAGGGCCGUGGCUCGCUGUGCCAGCACCGAGGAGAUGCUCAGCUGCUCCAGCUUCUCCCGCAGCGGCGGCCGGCUGGGAGAGCACAUGGAGGACAAGCACGGGCAGAGGCAGUGCGUGGCCCACAGCCGGGGCCAGGGCGUUUAUGCCAUCGCCAGGUGCUGCACAUGGCCCAGGGCUGGGUGCUGGAUCAAGGCCGGGUCCCCGGGGGCCGAGGGGGCCCAGUGCUCCCCAGGAGAACACGUGCUGACUGGGUGCAGUUUUCACUCCCCAUCCCUGGUGCUGGGUGCUGGGGGCAGGCCCGUGGAGGGGCUGGGGAGGGGGCCCAGCCGCUGUGCCAGCAGGACAGAGGUGGUGGCACACGCCCUGUGCUGCCCCAGGGCCAGCCUCGAGUGCCAGCUGAAGGAGCACACAGUCCUGGAACACGACGACAAGGUGACAGUGUCCUGUGAGGAUGGCUGGACGCUGACAGGCUGUAACACCCUGUCCCAGAGCCCCACGGGAGCCCACAUUGAGGACAAUUCCUGCGUGGCCACCGCUGGCCCUGGCAGCAGCUCGGCCAUGGCCGUGGCCAUCUGCUGCCGGAGCCGGCAGUAGGGACAGACUGAGCUGGGGGAGGCUUCUGGGGCACAGCAGGGAUGGAGGCCUUGCUGCACCCGUGUGGCCCUGGCUCGGUGCCUUCCCAGGGUUUCCAGAACAAUCCAUGCUCCGACAUGCAGCUGAUGACUGGACUCGUCUCACCCUCGCACACAGCGGGGUCAGGAUCCAGGGCCACCAUCCAGGGUGGCUCUGCAAGAGCUCUCCAGGCAUCCCCCAUGCAGCUGGAGCCCUCUCCCAUCACUGGAGUCAUCCCAGAGUCCUUUCCCUGCCAUGCACUGGCUCUUCCUAUAAACACCUUGACAGAACAAGCUGUGAUGUUGUCACCCAACACAGGAAAAAUCCACCACUUUUUAAAGAAAAAAUAUUGUGAGGAUCACUCCUUCCUUUCCUGCUUAGUUGCUCAUUAGUUGUCAGCUAAUGCUGCUUAGCACCUUGAAAAUCUUAGUUUAGCCAUUUUGGGGCAGUUUUAUAAUUGCCUAAUGGUAUUCCUAGGAGAUUUCUUUACUUUUGAGUCAAGUGUAAGGGCUUUAGUUUAAACAGCCUGCUUGGUUAAUUAGAUUUUUAUCUGCAUUGCUACAGUCAGCUACUGCUUCAUUAGUGCUUUUUUUGUUGUUGAGUCAAAGUUAAUGAUCUGCUGGUGUUAUGUGUUAACAGUUUCAGGUCUUCCCAAGACACAUAGGACUGUAGGAAGCAGCAAUUCCUUUAAAACAGCCCCAGAAUGAAGAAAAAUCUUUCAUAGCACCUUAGUUUUUACAUUUGUACCUUAAACAUUUACUUGGAGUUUUAUAAAGGAGCAUUUUAUAAAUGUCUUUUUAAAAUAAA